AUGUACACAUCAUGUGGAUUUAAUAAACCGCGCUCAGCUCUCCCGUCCUCUCUUGCAGGUCUCCGGCUCCCCGCGCACGGUGUGCUGGGCUGGCGGCCCGGCUCUGUGAGUCCCGUUCAGGCUCAGCUGCUCCAUCAGACGCCGGCGGCCGAUCACGCUGACAGCUCAGUCCAGGUGCAGAAGAGCUCUGCUGUUGUCCAGAGAAAAUCCUACGUCCCCAGCAGCCGUGGCGAGUACGUCAUCACCAAGCUCGAUGACCUGGUCAACUGGGCACGGCGGAGCUCCCUGUGGCCCAUGACCUUCGGGCUGGCCUGCUGUGCCGUGGAGAUGAUGCACAUGGCAGCUCCUCGCUACGACAUGGAUCGUUUUGGGGUGGUGUUCCGGGCCAGCCCCCGCCAGGCUGACGUUAUGAUCGUGGCGGGGACCCUGACCAACAAAAUGGCCCCGGCGCUGCGCAAGGUCUAUGACCAGAUGCCAGAGCCUCGCUACGUGGUGUCCAUGGGGAGCUGUGCCAACGGUGGGGGCUACUACCACUACUCCUACUCUGUGGUGAGGGGCUGCGACCGCAUCGUGCCCGUGGACAUUUAUGUGCCAGGUUGCCCACCCACAGCUGAGGCUUUGCUGUACGGGAUCCUGCAGCUGCAGAGGAAAAUCAAGAGGGAGAGGAGGUUGCAGAUCUGGUACAGGAAAUAGCCUUUAUUUAUGUCCCCACUCCCUGCCCCCGGGCACUGCUCACAUUCACGCACAAAUCCGGCUCCUCACGCGCCUUCCAAUAAAACUCUACCUGGUCCAGGUGCUUUCCUGUCUUAAAUAAACCCCUCUGAUCUGAGGGCUUGAAAAACA